AUGAUACCUACUGGGAGCCGCUCCCUCCUCCUCUGGGGUUUCGUCGCUUCGUUGAAAGCAGAGGCUACUCAUAUUUCUACUCAAUCUAAGCCAAUUGUAAUCUCCGAGUCUGUUCCUGGAGAUGCCGGUAUUCCUUUGGACUCGUUUGUUUCCUUUUCGUUCGAGCUGUCGUCAUGGCCCGACUUUGCUGGUAAUUUAGACAUCGCCAUCUUUGAUGAAUCACAAAAGACCAGUAUUAUCGGUGUCAUCCGCCCCAAUAUCUCUGCCGACUACCCAACCAUCAUUACCAUUGGUCCAUCGUUUUUUGAGUCUUAUCAAACCAUGCCAAACGGAACCAAAUUCACCCACGGCUUCAACAUGGGCGCCAACUCCAGUGCUGCAAGAUCUGCAACCUGGGCAUCUGUUCCGUACGCGUGCAAGGCCAUAGGGUCCAACCUCGACUUUUGGGAAUACGGCAACGAACCUGACCUCUUCCACGCUUCAGGCUACCGUCGUGAUAACUGGACUGAGACGGACUAUGUAUCCGAAUGGAUAAAUGGCACAAAUACCAUCGAGCAAGCUGUCAAGACUGCAUGCCCCGACCUUUUCGGCUCAAAAUUCAUGGCGCCGAGUUUUGCCGGCAUAGGAGUGGACUCUUAUUUCACUCUAGGACCAGUAGAGGCAUGGAAGCAGGGUAUUAACAAGAAUGGGAAUGUCGGUAUAGUAUCCUCGCACAACUACAUGGGCGUUUCUACAAACCUGGGCAUCACGCUACAAGGCACAUUGAUGAACCACAGCAACGUCAUUGUCAAAGCGGAUGCCCAGCUCAAUGUAUCGCGAGGCAUCAGGGAACUAGGGACUUCCCUGGAUCCAGACUUGCCCUUUAUUCUGGGCGAGCAUAACUCUCUUGCUAGACAGGGACGCCCAGGAUUAAGCAACAGUUUCGGCGCGGCAUUGUGGGGCGUCGAUUGGAACCUGUAUCUUGCUUCCAAGAACAUUUCUCGCUCGCACAUGCAUCAGGGGACAAAUUACCGUUACCAAUCCUGGCAACCUAUCCAGACCAACCUGUCAACUAUCGGCACCAAGCCCCCUUACUAUGGUAACCUAGCAGUCGCCGCCUUCCUCCACAAACCCUCCCCUUCAACUCGUCUCCACGUUGCACAUUUGGAUUCAUCGACAGAAUCUGCAGCGCAAUACGCAGCAUAUACCAACAAUACUCUUACUCGCCUGCUCGUCGUCGAUCUUCAUACUUAUAAUACGACGGCCAAUAACUUUACAACACCUUUUGCAAGGCCGAAAGAUGCGUACAAGUUUCAGUUGCCCAGCUGUUGCAAGGGCGAGGGCAAGGUCCAAAGGCUCAUGGCCGAGGGCAGUGACGCUACUUCGGGAAUUACUUGGAACGGCUAUAGUUUUGAUUAUGAGCUUGAUGAGGGGAGGCCCGUAAGGAUGGCGAAUGCUACAAGGGAAGAGGUAUUGAACAUUGACGAAAAGGGAAUGCUCAGUGUGGAGAUACCCUGGAGCAGUGCAGCCAUCGUCGAGUUGGAGUGUUGA